UAUUUUUAUUUUUUUACUCGUAAUCAUACAGCAUCCUCCAGCAGCUCCGCAUCCAUUGCUGUCAUUCGUGAGGUCUGCAGGGUCUGCAGCGUCUCGAUGCCUUUUAAAAAAUAAUCAAAUUACUAAAGGAGCCCGAAAAUGCACCCUGAUCUUUCUUCACACUUGCACAAAGACGAGUGUAAUCAGCUAGUUGCGCUCCUGAAAAAAUGCCACGACGAGAAAAAGUGGGCAAAGUUCUUUGGAGCGUGUAACGAGGCGGACAGCGCAGUAUGGAGGUGCUUAAAGAAGGAGAGGCUGGAAAAGCGAGCAAAAAACUACGAGAAGUCGUUCGCCAAACGGGUCUCCCAGAUGAAGGACAGCUGAAAGUCGCCCCAUGCAAGUCAUGACUAUCAAAUUUUACGAAACCACGUACGUAGGAAGUCGACGAAAUAAAAUAGAUUUGUAUAUAUA